GAGGCCUUCGCGAGUGACUCCCCGCCGCGACUUGUUCUGCCCCGCGGCGACCUCUCCAUUAUUUGUUUUAACUAGGCUACUUGAAAGCUUUCGAAAACUCCCCUCUAGCCAGUAUGAGUGACCAGGUUGCUAAGCCCGACGAGGGCGUGAACAACAAUGUUCUCGAGGUCAAGGAUCAGGAAGUUGUCGAUACUAGUGCAGAGGCUGGUGAGGAGACCAAUACCACUACCCAGGAUGCUCCCGCGGUUGAGGAAGAAGAAAAGACCGACGGAGUUAAGGCUGAGAAAGACGCGGCCGAGGGAGAGACAGGAACUAAGCGUCCUAAGGGGAUGUUGAAGGUCAACAGAAAGGGCUGUGAGACCAGACAGAAGUCGGAUGCUUCUAUUCUUCCCGACUCGGACAAUCCUUAUGAAAUCCGCAAGCAGGUCGAAUUCUACUUUAGCGACAGCAACUUGCCUGGCGAUAAGUUCCUGUGGAGCCAGACCGAUGGCUCUAACAACAAACCAGUGCCACUCUCCGUGAUCUGCAAUUUUUCGCGCAUGCGUCGAUUCAAGCCUUACUCAGCUGUAGUUGACGCCCUCAAAGCUAGCAAGCACCUUGUUGUGGAAGGAUCCGAAGGCGAAGAGACAAUCCGCCGAAAGCAGCCUUACAAGCCAGCCGAUGACAGGCAGCGCCAGAUUGACGAGCGCAGCGCCUACAUCAAAGGGUUCGGUGAAGAGAAUUCAUCCACCCAGUUCGACAUCGAGGCAUUCCUAGCCCAAUAUGGAGAGUUCAAUUCCGUACGCCUUCGAAGAGCGGAGGAUGAUAAGAAGUCAUUCAAGGGUUCCGUGUUUGUCGAAUGGGCUGACAAAGAUACCCUGGAUAAGUUCAUGGCUUUAGAACCUAAGCCUCUAUGGAAGGAGCACACACUGGACAUCAAGACAAAGCUUGAAUAUAAGGCAUUUAAGGCACAAGAGAUCCGUGACGGCAAGAUUCCGAUGAAGGGUUCUAACCACUUUGGACGUUCUCAGCGUGGCCAUCGCGACGGUGGUGGCCGGGGCCGAGGGUCUCGUGAUAAUUAUCGAGGUUCUGACGCUAAUGACUGGAAAAAACGUCGUGACGAGGAUCAGCGGAACGGCUUCGAGGACCGUCGUGGUCGCCGUGAUCAUCGUGGACGAGGCCGAGGCCGAGGCGGUGGCAACAACCGUGGACGGGGUAGAGAUCGUGCUCAGAACGAUAACGGUCGCUCGAAGGAACAAGAGCAACCCGUCUCACGCGAUGAUGGUAGACCUAAAAUCAACACGAGCAAGGAAAGUGAGAAGAUUAUGAAGGAGGAGAAUGCCAAGAGCAACACUGAUGCUCAGGCAAAUGGAAAGCGUGCUAGAGAUGGAGAUAGCACAGAUGCACCUCCUACAAAGAAGGUCGAUACCAAGGAGGCUGUUGCUGAUGUUGCAUGAGCAAACUGAAGCAACUUAUUGAUUCGUCAUAUACGAAUUACAUACCCCUUCUUCGCGUCUUUAUUUCACAUUGAUUCCCACAAUUUUCAUCACUCCUCCUGUAUGUCAUUGCACUUGAGGCACUCAGCUUUGCAUUUCAAGGUCGGA